UUCAUGGCUCUUGCUCCCUGCAGACAGAACAACACUUGGGACAUCCUAAGGCUGCCUGCCGAACAUACCGAGACGUGCUUUAGUCCAAAUUUACUGACACUGACAGUGGGGAGAAAACACACACCUUUGUGGAAUAGCUAAUAAAAGGAAAAGCGAAGUGACUUCAUCCAAGGACACAGGUUUUAAUUUGCAUAUGGAGCAUAUCUCCCAGGAGUCUAUGGAUAGUUCUGAUGAGGAGUUUUUUGAUGCUCGAGACAGCCUGUGCCAAAUUGGUAAACCCAGGUGUCCUUCCCAGUGUGGCAUUGAAGGCCUAGAAGACAGAAGGACAAAGUGUAAGGCUAAGGUGCUAAUAUUGGUAGUGCAUGGGGGUAAUAUUCUAGACCCAGCAAGUUGUGACCUGGAGGUGAAGGCUGCAGAUGUGGCCACUCUGUCCUCAGUAUUGAAGAAAGUUGCACGGGUGCUUUUUGAGGCGACCACACACCAUAUAAUAAUUAAGCUAGUGCCCUGUCCUGCUGUUUGUGCAGAUGCAUUUUCCCUGGUUUCUAACCUAAAUCCCUAUAGUUAUGAUAAGAGCUGUAUGUUGAGCAGCGUAGACCACCUUCCACUAGCGGCACUGCCCCUUCUUGCUGUUGCAUCACCACACUACCAGGACUCUGUGGCAUGCAUCAUCUCCCGAGCCAAUGAGGUCUACCACAGUUUCUUACAAUCCCCGGAUGGCCAAGGCUUUACUGGUCAGGUGUGUCUGAUGGGUGACUGUGUAGGUGGCGUGCUCUGUUUUGAUGCACUUUGUUUCAGCAACAGCCGACAACAUGCUAAUCACAAAGGGAAACACAACAGUAUGGAGAGCCUAAGUAAUAUCCCUAGACUUCUAGGGGAGGACGGUGUUGGCCUGAGCUCCAGCAAGUGUCUAAGCAAGAGUAACAUUGACAUUUCUUAUACCGUUGAUUCAUCUGCCAGCCAACACUUAUUUCACAGAAGAAAUACCCUAGAUGAAUUGGACCAAAGCUCAGGAGGAAAAAGUCCAAUGUGGAAUCCAGGUCAUUUUGACUUUGAGGUGUCUCAGUGUUUCCUGCUAGGCUGUCCAAUCGGACUAGUGUUAGCCAUGAGACACACUGUUCUCCCUUCAGUCAAAGUGGCUCAGCUGCAGCCUGCCUGCUCUCAGAUCUUCAACCUGUUUUACCUCUCCGACCCAUCAGCCUCCAGACUGGAGCCCCUGCUGCAUUCUUGCUUUCACCAGCUGCCUCCAUUCCCUGUUCCACGAUACCAUCACUACCCACUAGGAGAUGGGCGCUCUACCCUCAUUGUUGAUGAGAUCCAUAGCCACCCUGAUGUGUUCCUAGAUGAGGGUCGUGCUCCAAGUGGUGCUGCAUUCCCAUCAUGUGUGGAUGAAGCAGAGAAGGCAAUGAAGCAGGAGGUUGAUAAUAAAAGCGAAGCAUCUGGCUGCAGGGAAAACAACCUGAGGUUCCCCAUCGGCAAAAUCUCCAGUAGCUGGUGGGGCUCUAAACGGUUAGACUAUGCACUUUUUUGUCCUGAUAUAUUGACUGCAUUUCCCACUGUGGCUCUGCCGCAACUGUUCCAUGACUCUUACUGGGAAUCUACUGAUGUGGUGGCCUUUCUACUCAGACAGGUGAUGCACUGUGACUUUGUAAAAGCUCAGGAAGCAAAAAGCUUAGACCCCACCUGCUUUUCCCCCUCCAGCCCCAGAGAGAAAUGGCUACGAAGAUACACACACGUUAAGUUAAGGAACAUUACUGCCAACCACAGAGUGAAUGAUGUCAUUGCGACUGAGGAAGGGCCUCAGACUCUGGUUGGUCGCUUUAUGUACGGCCCUCUGGACAUGGUGACUCUGACAGGAGAGAAGGUUGAUGUGUAUGUGAUGACUAAACCACAUUCAGGAGUUUGGGAGCACCUUGACAACAAAAUCACUGACAGCAGUGGCAGAGUGUCCUAUACUAUCCCUGACAACAAAAAAUUCCCUGUGGGAGUUUAUCCUAUUAAAAUGAUUGUUAGGGGAGACCAAACGAAUGCAGAAGCUUUCCUGAAUGUGCUUCCACAGGGAAUGGAGUGUGUAGUAUUUAGCAUUGAUGGGUCUUUUGCUGCCAGCGUCUCCAUCAUGGGCAGUGACCCCAAAAUGCGGGCAGGUGCUGUGGAUGUAGUCAGACAUUGGCAGGACCAGGGAUAUCUGAUCAUCUACAUCACUGGGCGUCCAGGCAUGCAGAAACAGAGAGUAAAGUCAUGGCUUUCACAGCACAACUUCCCACAGGGGAUGAUCUUUUUCUCUGAGGGUUUGGUGCAUGACCCACUCCGGCAGAAAACCAUCUUUCUUAAGAGUCUUAUUCAUGAGUGUCAUGUCAAUAUUAUUGCGGCCUAUGGGUCCAUGAAGGACAUCUCUGUCUACAGUAUGCUGGGUCUCUGCCCUGACCAGAUAUAUAUAGUGGGCAGACCAUCAAAGAAAUACCAAAAUCAAUGCCAGUUCCUCAGUGAGGGUUAUGCCACACAUCUUUCCACACUGCAGUUUGGCCACCAGGUCAGAUCUCAAAAGACUUCGUCCAUGCGCAUGUUGCUGCAUAAUGGCACUUUUGGCCUCUCAGCAAAGACAAACUUUCUUCCCAAGCACACACAAUUGCGACGUGCCAUGUCUGCACAGCAGCCUGAGUUACCCAAGACACUGAUUCCUAAACCCGAGCGCUCCCAAAGCCAUCCUGAGUCUGAUAAAUCCCACAAAUUUGGAGGAGAUAUAGGCCAUAGUAUGUUUUUUCUCGGGAACAUGCUCCGGGGGAACACCACUUCCUGAGCACAGAGAGAAUACGAGAAAGAAAAGAAGAGGGACAACAGGACAGUAAAGGUUUAGUUUUUUUUGGGGGAAAUAGGGAGUUAGAUUGGGUCCUGCUUAUACAUUGUCUUAAUUAGAGUAUGAUGCAAAAUUUUUACAAAUGUGAACGUAUUUUAACUGUAAAGUUACAAGUGUCUACAUUUUACUUCUACUUUACUACAUUCUACAACAAAUAUCUAUACUUUUGACUUCACUACAUUUGUGCAUGGUGUUUUGUUACAUAAUCAGAGCAGUAUGUAGCAUUUGAAGCGGAAAUACCUGUUGACUAUUAUGCGUAAUUGCAGUUUUUGACUUUCCACCGUAAAACACUCAAUCAUGUAGCGGUUGUUUGAAAUCAUGUCCGGAGAUGAUUGCAGCCAGCAAGAGAAAGAGAGAGGUUGACUGACUGCAUAACUUUUUGCUAUGACGUAAAGCCUAAAGUAAGAGAAUACAAGCUUAGUACAUUUGAUGUAAAUGAAUUAAAGUUGUGGUUUUUGCCCACCCCAGAUGUCUACAUUGCUGACGAAAGAAUCUAAUUUACUAUAAAAAAGGCAUCUAAUGCACCCUGCAAUCUAAUGCAAUUUUCUUUCAACAUUUGUCAUAAGUGUAGUCAUAGGAUCAUCUGUAACAUAGAUUUGAAGAACUGUCUGCUUUGCUGACUUCUUCUGAACCACCUCACCAUUGAUAUGUAUUUAAUGCAGCAUUUGGUAGCCAUCAGUAUAUAUUUUUAAGUGUGAUAUUAGUCAAAUAGUUAUACCAACUAACAUGUUCACUCUCUCUCUCACACACACACACACACACACACACACAAAAAAAAAAAAAAAGCUUAAUGUUUUAUGACAUGCAUGCUUUUUAUCUAUAUGCUGGCUGCAGCUUGCUUUAAAAACAGGAAUCUUACUUUUUACCUGAAAUGCCGAUCUUUACUCUGAAUAAACGUGUCCAAGCAUAACUAUGGCUCUAUUAGAGCCUGUAGGGAAAGAGAUGACAUCCUCCUGUUUUACUCUGUCCAGCAGAGCUAUUUUCCAUCCAGAACAGCCUCAUUGGUAUUCACAGACAAACUCAGGGAGAGCUAUUAUUAGGAGCAAGUAUUUUGUGGUAUGAGCUCACUCGCUCCUGACUCUGUAAACAGAAAUCUGAAUGUAAAUAUCCAGUAGAGAUGAUCGUAGACAUUUUCCAAAUCCAGCAAUACGUAAAAGGAAAAAUUGUGUGCUUCACAGAUUGUUAUUUUCUAUAUUUAGUUAUAACCAAGUAUCUGGUUAUGUUUUUUUUUUUUAAUAAAACCCAUCUUCAGAAGAGAUUUUAUGGGGUAUGCCCUUUAGUGCUCUCUCCCCCUCUUCUUCUGCAGCCUGAUAACCAUAGGUGUUAAAAAGGCAACAGUGCCAAGACAGCAUGCACUCUAGCAGAGACAACAGCAAGCAUUCUACAAUUAGUGUUUGUUUAUUCAGCACCUGUAAUAGCAGAUAGGGUAAUGUUAAUGGGCUUGUUAGUAACACUGACACUGCAGUUUGUGUUUGAUUAGGCUGUUUGUUUCAGCCGACGUGUGUGCACACAUGUAUUGAAUACAAUAUGUUAUUAGAGUUAAUAAUACCCUGGGUAUCGUUCCUGCGCCUUUUUUACUUCUGUGUCCUUUAUUAGAUUGCAGUUGUAUCAUGUGUGUUUCUCUAGUAAGCUCUUUGGAUGAAUGUUUGUUUUGAUUAAUUGAUUGUUUGUGCCUGUAAAAGUCAGCUCCUUUGAUCAAAUUUGUUAGUAAGGUAUUAUUUUGUUUUUCUUUUUUUUUUUCCAAUAAAAUGACAA